AUGGUAUAUCAGGACAAGGCUGCCGGAAUCACAGGAAUAUGUCGUUAUUGGACUACGGAGAAUACAACAAAGUUGUGUACCCAGGAAUGUGCCACAUCCCUAUCGUCUUGGUUGAAUGCUGUAGACCGUGAUUGUGAUCGCCAGACGGUGUUUGUCGGGGAUGUCUACAUGCUUGCGAAAACUGUUCCAACGGCAUGGAAGGAAGGACACGACCUAGUAUGUUUACAGGAUAGAUGGGAUCCCGAAGUGUGUUACUAUGAGUAUGAGGGUGAUGAACCCCCAGAAUGCUUAGACCCGGACUUCUCUACAACGCAGAUGACAAAGGAUAUGAUGGAUGUGACCAAGCUUUACGACAAAGACCUACUAUGCAGCGAAUGCUUCAUCAAAAUGUGGAGACAGCGACUUAUGUCGGCCCUACUCCCAUCCGGCGAGCAUACAGACUACCUUCUUGAACAAUACUCCACAAUACAGGAGUAUUGCUCUACCAAGCUCCCUGUGACGACUUACGAAACUACCUUGUUUGCUUCAACUCGCACCAUGCCAGUUACUUCCACCGGAACCCCUCUUCAAUCACCCACGAGCUGCCCUGGGCAGUUGAUUGAACCAUCAGAAUCCUGGAUGGGUUGCCGAGAAAUAUCCGACAAAUACAAUGUGAGUACAGGGACAGUCAUAGAAGCUACACAGAAUCAACAGUGUCAGUUUAAUUCCCCGUUAUGCUUGCCGAAACCCUGUGAAAUCGACACUAUUUGGGGUAAAACAACCUGCGAAGAGCUAGCAGCUCGGUAUUCUACUGAUGAGGUCCCUAUAUCUGAGAUGCAAUUCUUAAGCUGGAAUCCAAACAUUCUAGGGGCUUGUAGCUGGGUGCACAGCUCGCAACGCGUUUGCAAAGGUCCACCUGGUGGUUUUUUCAAGGCUUCUGGGGUGAUCUACGCCCCUACUACUGCCGGCUCAUAUUAUACAACAGCAAUACCGGCGGAGCCCACUCGCCCUGGAACUAUUCCUGACUGCGGCCGGUAUUACAAGGUUGUUGCUGGGGAUGAAUGUAACACGCUGUGGAAUAACUGUACCAACCUAUGGCUGAAUUACGAUGUUUGCGUUGCUCCAGUUACCAAAACAAUGAUAUCAGAAGAUGGCACAUGUGGCCCAUCCCAUGGGAACACCGCCUGUGAAGGAAGCUCAUUUGGAAAAUGCUGCUCAAUAGGCGGAUAUUGUGGCAAUACCCCAGAGUACUGCAGUCCAGGGAACUGCGUCUCCGGAGCGUGCGAUGCAGGAGGCGACACUGCUACCCAAGAUGGAACCUGUGGUCCUGAAUGGAAAUACGCGACGUGUACCAAUCCAAGAUUUGGCUCGUGCUGUUCUAUCCAUGGUUAUUGUGGUAGUGGGUCAGAGUUUUGCGCUCCUGGCGUCUGUUUCUCGGGAGAUUGUGAUGAUGAUAAUGGUGGUCCGAGUGUUAAUGGCGAAUGCGGGCCCAGCUUUGCCGGGAAUAAGACAUGCACUGGCACUCAAUUUGGUAAAUGUUGCUCAGUAUCUGGGUAUUGCGGAAGUACAGAGGAGUAUUGUGGUCGGGGUUCCUGUUAUUCUGGCGAUUGUGUUAGGCUGUGA